AUGUAUGAUUUUUAUUAUUUUUAUUUUGUCUUUUAAGUGGAAGAAUAAAGUUUGUCCAAUGAAAACAGUUUUUAAAAUAUAGUUCCUAAGCUAUUUAAAGUAUUAUCAAUCAUGUCGUUGCAAAAUACCGGCAAAUUCCGACCGGAUCGGACUGAAAAACCAGAUCAGCCCCAGUCCUCCUACAAGGCCCCUACAAAUAAGGAAGACACUUCAAAAUUUCGUCUAAGCCAAGUACUUGAAAAUGAACAAAUCGACGCCAAAUAUGGUUUUGAGCGUUUAAAAGAUAAUGCAGAAAGGACUGGAUUUCUUCUUAAUUUACAUUCCUCAGAAAUAGUGGAUGAAGACAAAAGACUUUGUGCGGCGGUCGAUUUCUAUUUUAUGGAAGAAGAUGGGACUAGAUUUAAAGUUUCCUAUCCCUUCAUGCCUUAUUUUUAUGUGCUUACAAAACGGGAAUUGAUACAGGAAGUUUCCCAGUUUUUAUCAAAGAAAUACAGUGGGACGAUAGGGAAAAUUGAGACUGUAACCAAAGAAGAUUUGGAUUUGCCAAAUCACCUAAUUGGUUUGAAACAAAAAUACAUAAAACUUUCCUUCUAUAAUCAAUCAGAUUUAAUUAAUGUUAAAGUUGAAUUAUUGAGACAAGUGAAGAAAAAUAGAGCUACCCGUAAGGAAAAUUCUUAUUAUACCGAAAUGUUAGCAAUGCAUUUAGCUAAUGAUAUGAACGAGAGUGUGAGUACCAAUAAAGUUACUACUGAUCAGAUGGAGAAUAUUUUGGACAUAAGAGAAUACGAUGUACCUUACCAUGUAAGAGUCUCAAUAGAUUUGAGGAUAUUUUGUGGCGCUUGGUACACUAUUAAAAUGAAAGGCUCUUUAGACGCCCCUCUAAUAACAGCUAACAAGGACAUCAUCGAAAGGCCCGAACCCAUUGUUUUGGCUUUUGAUAUCGAAACAACCAAAUUACCUUUGAAAUUCCCAGAUGCGGCCACUGAUCAAAUUAUGAUGAUUUCUUAUAUGAUUGAUGGAAUUGGUUAUUUGAUAACAAACAGAGAAAUUUUAUCAGCGGACAUAGAAGACUUCGAAUACACACCGAAACCAGAAUUUGAAGGAAAAUUCACCAUUUUCAACGAACCAAACGAAAUGGGCCUUCUGCAAAAAUUCUUCGACCACAUCAUGGACGUACGGCCUCACGUCUUUGUCACAUACAACGGUGACUUUUUCGAUUGGCCUUUUAUCGAAGCCCGCGCCGCUGAAUACGAUCUAGAUAUGAAACAGGAAAUUGGAUUUUCACGAAACAGAGAAGGAGUUUAUUGGUGCAGACCUGCAAUGCACAUGGAUUGCCUUUGUUGGGUAAAGCGCGAUUCUUAUUUGCCUGUCGGAUCGCAAAAUUUGAAAGCAGUGGCCAAAGCCAAAUUGAGAUAUGAUCCAGUCGAAUUGGAUCCGGAAGAAAUGUGUCCUUUAGCCUCGUCAAACCCGCAAGUACUAUCAAAUUACUCAGUUUCAGACGCUGUUGCCACUUAUUAUCUUUACAUGCAAUACGUGCACCCGUUUAUAUUCGCUUUGUGCACAAUCAUUCCUUGUGAACCUGAUGAAGUUUUGAGAAAGGGCUCGGGCACUUUAUGCGAAGCCCUACUCAUGGUAGAAGCUUUCAAGGCAAACAUAAUCUUUCCUAAUAAACAAGAAACGAUAUUGAAUAAACUUACAGCAGAUGGGCAUGUGCUGCACCAGGAAACUUACGUUGGCGGUCACGUAGAAGCAUUGGAGAGUGGAGUAUUUCGGGCGGACAUUCCUUGUCGAUUCAGAAUCGUCCCUGAAGCUGUAGACACGCUGAUUGAACAAAUUCCGAAGACUCUAGAACAUGCCAUUGUUGUUGAGGAAGGUGUACCGAUGGAAUGUGUUACCAAUUUACAAGAAUUGAUAGACGAAGUCAAGGCUAAGUUGAUGGUAUUAAAGGAGCAACCACUUCGCCUUGAAAAACCCCUCAUUUAUCACUUGGACGUUGGCGCCAUGUACCCCAACAUCAUCCUCACCAAUCGGCUGCAACCAUGCGCGAUGGUUGACGAGACCACAUGCGCAGCUUGCGAUUACAACUGUCUCAACGCGACUUGCCAAAGGAAUAUGGCUUGGAUGAUGCGAGAAGAAUACUUGCCAGCAAAACGGGGCGAAUUCGAACGUAUCCAACAACAGCUCGAAUCGGAAAAAUUCCGUCCCGCACAGGGAGGCCCGCAAAAGUCGUUCCAUCAGUUACCCAGGGUAGAGCAAGCAGCUAUAGAAAAACAACGAUUGGAGGCCUACUGUAGAAAAGUCUACAAAAAGCUCAAGAUUACCAGAAUGGGCGAAAAAACGACUACAAUAUGUCAGAAGGAAAAUUCGUUUUAUGUUGAUACUGUGAGAGCUUUUAGGGAUAGACGAUACGAGUUGAAAGCUGACACGAAAAAAGCCAAACAAAAAGUAGCGGAGGCAAUAAAAGGAGGCGACGCCACCAAAAUAAAGUCAGCAAAAAGCGAAGAAGUGGUCUACGAUUCUCUACAAUUGGCUCACAAAUGUAUUUUGAAUUCGUUUUACGGUUACGUUAUGAGAAAAGGAGCCCGAUGGUACAGUAUGGAAAUGGCUGGAAUCGUUUGCUUCACUGGAGCGAAUAUUAUUAUGAAAGCCAGAGAAAUUAUUGAACAAGUAGGAAGACCUUUGGAGUUAGACACAGAUGGUAUUUGGUGCAUUUUACCAGCGUCGUUUCCGGAAAAUGUAACGGUUUUAACUAAUCAUGAAAAAAAGAAAAAAAUUGUAGUUUCUUAUCCUAAUACGAUUUUGAAUGCCAUGGUUAAAGAUCAUUUUACCAACGAUCAAUAUCACCAGUUGGUGGAUGCAGAAAAAUUGGAAUACACUAUAAGAAAAGAGAAUUCUAUAUUUUUUGAAGUUGAUGGUCCUUAUAAGGCAAUGGUGUUGCCGGCUAGUAAAGAAGAAGGAAAAAAACUAAAAAAACGAUAUGCUGUAUUUAAUUUUGAUGGGUCUUUGGCUGAAUUGAAAGGAUUUGAAGUAAAACGUCGUGGAGAGCUUCAACUAAUCAAAAAUUUCCAAUCGUCUGUUUUCGACUCGUUUUUGAUGGGCGACACAUUGGAAACUUGUUACGCCGCCGUAGCCCAAGUGGCCGAUUAUUGGCUGGACGUCCUUUUUUCUCACGGAAAAAACAUGCCCGAUUCGGAACUGUUUGAUCUGAUUGCCGAAAACCGUUCAAUGUCCAAAAAAUUAGAAGAAUAUGGGACGCAAAAGAGCACUUCGAUUAGUACGGCGCGUCGUUUGGCCGAAUUUUUAGGCGAUCAAAUGGUCAAAGAUGCCGGAUUGGCUUGCAAAUAUGUUAUUUCGAGGAAACCUGAUGGUGCGCCAGUAACGGAAAGGGCAAUACCUUUAGCAAUUUUCCAAGCCGAAGAAGCAAUCCAAAGACAUUAUUUAAGAAAGUGGCUCAAAGAUUCCUCCAUUACCGAAAUAGACAUUAGGGACUUGUUGGAUUGGAAUUAUUACAUCGAGCGUCUAGGCGGAACUAUCCAAAAAAUUAUCACUAUACCUGCUGCUAUGCAAGGAGUGGCCAAUCCUGUGCCUAGAGUGCCACAUCCAGUGUGGUUGCACAAAAAAAUUCUAGAAAAAAACGACACUUAUAAGCAAAGAAGAAUCACCGAUAUGUUUUCGAAAUGUGCCAAACCAGUCGUAAAUGAUAGUCCACGAGUUGAAGAUAUUGAAGACAUGAGCGAAAAAUCUCCCACUUUCAAAAGACCAGUAGCCAGUGUUAAUAAAAGAAAGCGAGGUUCGGAUAGAGAAAACGAAUUCACCGAAGAGGAAUUGGAUAAAACUUGGAGGGAGGUUUUGGGAAAUCCACCAGCUUGGGGCAGAACAAGAGAAAGUCAUAUAGUGUGGAUUCGGUUUCAAAAAAGGAAAUGGAAAUUUCAGGCUUCCCAAAAGAAUAUUGGUCGAAGUGCUAGUAAAAAGAAGAAGACUAAAGGAAGUUUGGCAGUACUCAGAUCCUCCGCACCAGGUACCCUAGGCACGUUUCUGCAAAAAACCCAGAACACCCUCCUGACAACUCCCUGGCAAGUAGUGCAAAUAACCCCAACUAGAACACCAGGAGUUUUUAAAUUAUGGGCCUUGGUCGACACAGAAUUGCAUUUGGUGAAAUUGCACGUGCCUCGCAUCUACUAUGCCAACAUUAAAACACCAAAAGUAGUCGAAGAGGGGGCUAUUUUUAAGAAAUGUAAUAGAACUUUGCCGAGAGGUAGACGAGUUUAUAACUUGUACAUGUACACGAUAACUGAGGAAAUGUAUUUAGAAGAUAAAGAGCACGUACAAAAUGCUCUAUCCGAUCCAGCAGUGGAAGGAGUCUACGAAACAAAAAUGUCUCUACUUUUCAGAGCUCUAAUUUCAAUAAGUUGCGUGGUUAAAGUUUCAAGGGGAGUUACCAGUCUGGACACGUUUACCCUUGAGGAAUUAGACUCGGUGUCUCUUAAUAAGCAACCUUACUUAGAACAGGAUUCUUUGAAACAUAUAUUUUUUUAUCACCACAGACACUCGUCGAAACCUCAACAAAUGUUUGGACUAUUUUUGACUCCAUUAAAAAAAUGUUUGGUGAUUGUCGUGGAUACGGUUCGGACUAAUUUGAUGCCGAAUAUGGGGAACUUGUAUCUUUCAGAAUGGACCAAUAAAAAAGAAAUAACUGCCGAACGUCUCUUACCACCUUCAGAAAUUGAUUUCGAAAUACGUGUAGAAACUGACAUGAAUCAAGUAUACAAAUUGCUCAGUAAAUACUUGCAAACCUACAAAGACGAAAAAAAAGGGCCCACUUUAUUGGCCAUACAGAGCACCAUGGACGUGCAAUUGUUGCAAACUAGCAUUAAUACUUUUGGAGAAUUCCCUCAAGCGCAAAUAUUCGUCAGGGAUAAUCCUGAUCUGUACAACGUAAUAGACUGGCAAAAAAUUGGAGCAAAAGCUCUGGUCCGUCACUAUCUAAACAGCGAAUCCUCUCUGGACGUUAUGAUCGAACAAAGUCGAUAUUUUCAUAUUCCUGUCGGCAAUUUACCAGAGGACACGGCUUUGUUUGGGGCCGACUUGUUUUACGCCCGACAUCUAGUCAAGGCCAAUCAUGUCUUGUGGUGUUCGCCAUACGAUAAGCCAGAUUUGGGUGGUAGUGAGGAAACUGAUACCAGAUUAUUAGCCGACAACCAAGAAGGUUCGAGCGAAGUUUGCAACUUACCGGGCUGGUACUCUUCAGUCUGCGUCGAACUUGACAUCGACUCUCUGGCCAUAAACACCCUGUUGCAAUCGCACCACGUGACCGAUAUCGAAGGUACCAGCAACGCCACCGGUUUCGAUACCAAUCAAGGCACGUCGCUGGACGAUAUGCUGUCCGGUAACACGCCGAUAGUUUACAACGAAUCGGCCCGGUGCGCUGAAGCCUUUAAAAUAUUACGAGUCAUGGCCAGUACUUGGAUGAGAGACAUUUCAAUGCACAAUAACGUCUACGCUGAUUUUCAAGUGGUGCAUUUUUAUAGAUGGUUGCGGUCAUCCAGGACGCUACUCUACGAGCCGGCCCUUUUGCGCACCCUGCAAAACUUAAUGAAAAAACUCUUCCUUCAACUAGUUGCCGAAUUCAAACGAUUGGGAUCCGUAGUUGUUUAUGCCAACUUCAACAAAAUCGUGAUUUGUACCAAAAAGAAAAACGUCAAAGACGGUUUGGCCAGCGUUGAAUUUGUCGUUAACGCCAUAAGGAACAAGGAACUGUUUCAUUCAAUUGAAAUUAGUUACAAACGUUGUUGGGAAUAUCUAGUAUGGUUGGAUCCGGCAAAUCAUUGCGGGGUAUUAGGAAAAGGGCCUCAAAAUCCAGAAGACAAUCCAGAUCCGGAUGACGAACUAGGGGCAAGUCUCAGUUCCCAUUGGAACAUAGCUGAACAAUUGACAGAACAAGGAUCGUGUCGUCGCAAUUUCGAAACCAUCAUUGCCGGCUACGUCACUUCAAUUUAUGUAAAAUUGAAAGAGAAAAAAACUACUGCAGUGCCUCUUGUAUUGAGCCAACCAUCCUAUGGUUUGGCUAGUCACGAAGAUGUAGUCGAAUAUGCCAAAGAGCUCAUAUCUGGAGAGAUUAGCCAGGAAUUGUUCAAGAUGACUCAAAAGGUUCACAUGCUGAGGCCGGCCAUAGAUGGCACCAGCGCAGCUCUGGGAUUCGUUAAAUCUUUAUGUCAUGUCUUGGGUUUGGAUCCCGCAGUGCAAGAGGUUGUUGAUCAUUUGAGGAGUAAUUUACUGAGACUGAUUGGGGUGGGAGAGUUUUCCGAAAAGGCUAUUUGGAAAGAUGAAACUGUUUCUUAUGUCGUUCCGCAGAUUAUUUGCCGAAAGUGUAAUCAUUGUAGAGAUAUUGAUUUAGGAAGGGAUCUUCAUAGAACAGAAGACCAUUGGACUUGCGCAAAUUGUAAUGCGCCAUACAACAGUUCCGAAAUAGAAACUUUUUUACUAGAGACUAUCACCAAGAAAUUUCUGGCUUACAAUUUACAAGAUUUACAGUGCAAAAAAUGUGGACAGAUUAAAAUGGAGAAUCUUACAAAGCAUUGCCAGUGCGCCUCCGGUUUCCGAUGUCUAGUUUCCAGAAAAGAGUUGAUUAAACUUCUAGAGACGUUUUUGGAGCUCGGAAAUAGAUUUUCCAUGCCCGCUUUAGCCGAAACAGUCGACCAAAUAUUGAAACUCACUUAAGAUUUUUUUCUUGCAGUUGAAUGUUUUUUAUUUUUGUAAUACACUUGAUUUUUUACGAGGCAAUAAAACUCAUAUUAAUUUAUUUAAAUAAUUUUACUCAAGAGUUUUUCUAUUUUAUAAUAAUUACACAGCACACACACAUUCUGAUUUUUUUUUAUAUAUUAUUUUACAUUAAUUAUAAUGAUAUACUUAGUUAAAAAAUAGAAUUUUCCAACAGACUAGUACAGCUAAUGAAUGAAAACUAUUACAAUAAAUUUACUGUACAAUAUGAAGAAAAAAGUCUUUAUAUCUUUAAAUCAUCAUGGGUUUGUUCUCACAGAAAUCACAAUUCAGUCAGAGUGAAUUUCAUUGGUUGAAAAUAGCCAGAAAACUAGUUUUUGGCCAUUUGCACCAAUCAAAUAAAGCUUGACUGGUUUGUGAUUUCUGUGAGAACAGACCUCACGUAAAUUUUUCCAAACUUGUUCAAUUAAAUCAAUAGAUGGUUAAAUACAUAUAACAUUUCAUAAUCAUACGUAAAAUGCAAUUUUAGUUCCUUGGGCCUCUGAUUUCCAAUACAAGUCCUUCCGCUAUAGCUUAUUUUACAUGCAUUUUUUUUAAAAUAUAAACUAAAUGACAGAAAGACGGUCCCGAAAAUAGAUAUUUGUAUUCCAAAAUAAAAAAUAAGUUAUUGUCAAAUAUUGACUAGAAAAAUUGUGAGCAGAAAAAUAUAUAUAAAAAAAAAACUCGACAAAAACGAUCUAAACUUUGUGCUUCAAACAUACAAUAAUUUAAAAAAAAACAAUACACCAACUAAGAACAAAAAAAUAAUAGCUAUAAACAACUUAAUAGUUAGUUGAUGAACUGAAUUCAUUGUCAAUAGCUCAGCUAAUUAAGAAUAUUUGGGGAAAAACAUCUAAAUUAACUGGGCCUAAUAAGAAAAAAUAUUCAAGUAACAAUCAAAAAAUAACUUUUUUGGUAUCGUUCAAAAACAACAAAGGGCUGCCAAAAUGUUGAAAAUAAAAGUUGUCAGCCCCCCAAUCUUCAAUCUACAAAAUAACAGACUUAAAACUCGUAAAAAUACAGCAAGACUAAACUUGUAGAAUCAAUGCAACUCAUUGAAAAAAAAAAACACAAAAUCCUUACAAUAUAUUGCUAUGGUUGCUAUAUUGAUCCUGCAAGUUUUUUAAAAUUCACUAGCUAAUUUUUCUUUUUUUGAUAAUACUCAAAUGACAAUGAUAUAAUUUCUUCGAUUAAUAUUAGUAAAUUGAUUUAAGUCCGUUCUUUAAAAAAUACUAUACAAAAAUAUUGCCGGUCCUUCCUUAUUUUUUUUUAAUAGCUCAACGAGUCCAAUUCCUA